AAAGGGUGUGUUUAGCUAAAGGGGGAUAAUUUUGCAACAGAUCUUAACAAACAGUCUGUGCAGCUGGCAUCAUUUGUUUGCAACCUUUAGUUGGCAUGCAUCACAGCACCACACCGUGACCUAGUGGAGAAAUCGUUGUGCGUGUUGUGCCUGUUGUGUUUUAGGUUUCUUAACGAACAUGCAGCAAACUUCCACCAUUGAUCUUAUCCUUGACCGCAGACGGAAGGUGAGAAGGCUAAACGCAGCGGUCGAUGGAGGUCGGUUCCGUUUCACUGAACGGAUUACUCAUCACAACACCCACCGCAACGCGACCACUCAGCGCCCACCCGAUCGAGUUCAAGACAAAUUUGGAGCUUUCCGAAAACGGCCACAGGCAAAACGUGGUGAAUUGGUGUGAAGCGGAAAUUCAAUUUACCACGAAAUGUAAUUGCUCCGUCCGGUUUUGAAAAGGUUACGGCAGUGGAAAAGACCUGUCAAAGGCGUUGCAUCGCACCAUUAGGAACUUCCCCCCUGAGGCCUACUACGCUGACGAACGUUUACCGAAUGUCCAUAAGCGGUCACAGGGGUUACUUACUUUAGCAUAGAAGGGAAGACUGGUGUGCAACAGCAGCAAGUGUGUUGAAUUUAUGAACCCUCGCACCCCUUUUUGGUUCCACACCACCCCCUUGCCAAUAACAUCCCCAACAUGGCCCGCUUGACCGCGGGGUGCAACCAGCCGGAACGGCACACUCACAAACAAACGAUUCGAAUGCGCGUGAUUACCGGACUGGAAUUGUAUCACCUCUCAACCACGACGACAACGACGACGAAGAUGGUCAACGGCGAUCAGGUUCAGCUGGUAUGGCCUCGUUACAUUUUAUUUUUUGCAAUAAAUGAAAUGCAAACCAGCGCGAAAUAGCCCCCACGUCAACGCCGGCAACAGAAAUGCGAAAGGAAACCGUCGAUAAGUACAUGCGUCCUUAGGCGCGAUGAGAAACAAGCGAAGGAUAUGAGCAAAACAAACUGAAGCGCGAGCCUAAUUAGCAUGGCGUGUAAUGUAAACAAAGCAACACACACACACGUGAGACGAAGGUGCGCCUCCCGAAGGGGUGGUACAUUAAUUCACCGAAUGGAUUAUGAAACUGGUAGGAUGACAGAAAUGGGCCAAAAUGUAUCAACCCUCAUCCUAGUUGCUAUGCAAUACUGUCCUGGCCUACUGGCGGAUACGAAAACACGAUGCGAAGAUGGAAAGAGACAUACAACCCUCGUUGGUAGAAGCGACUUCUUACCCGGUUGUGUCACGCGUUCAAUUAAAUUGAUUGAAACGAAACUAGUGAAUAGUUUCUGGCCGGUUGACACCAUCAAAAGUAUUCGUACGGUAGCAUAUAGGUUCGAUAUUUGAUUCACAACAGCAACACACACACAUACGGCACGCAUCGCAGGCGGGUUUAAAGCAACAUAGCAUAUUUAUACAGUCCUGCCUUUUUCCCAGACCGUAGACAAAACUUCAUGUUUGUGAAUGGUUUUUUUUUCCUUAAUUUUGAAAUAGGAAAUUGGAAGGUUUUUUGGUUCAGGGUGCGUCCAACAAUCGAAUAUCAAAUUACACGAUGAUAAGCGAAAAACAUGAGCAGAUAACGUGUUCGUAAGCGGUAAAUAACGUAUGAUAGUGACGACAGAAUCGUAAAAAAAUUCUUUGUAAUGGUUAAAUUUAAUCCGCCUACAGUAGUUGGAAAGUCAUUUUUUUUCAAUUUUGUAAUAUUUAAUAUUCUUAUCUGUCUUAUCUGUCUUAAACACUAGCGCUUAUUUAAAUAUGUGUAUCACUUUCAGUGGAAUGCGGAAAACUUUCCUGUUGAGUAACAGUAUGAACUUUCAUGUACAGUGUUAUUUUUUAAUUCUUUUUGCAGCAUAUUAAUUGCGUAAUACAAAUCCACUAAUUGGUUGCUUUCAUUACUUCGUCAGGUGUUGACUAGUCGCAUAUGCUUAUCAAUCUGAAAUCAGAGUUUUGAUAAGUCAAAGAAAACGAUAAAAAACGUGGCAGAACCAUGGCCUGGUACAAGCUAUUCGUUUGUUUUCAAUUGAUUGUUCAUCAUGAUUUUUACAGAGAUUCAGUCAUGAUACUUUCCGCUGUUAGUGCUUCAAUUUUGAUAACAAAUAAUAAAAAAAAACAAACUAUCUGAUAAAAGUAAGACCCGCAAUCCAUUACGUGGCAGGUAUGAUUUGUCGUACUACGAUUAAAAAAACAAACAAAAGAAAUAGAAAUCGCUAAAGCACUCUGCACCCUAUACCUCAGAUGUACUUAAGGGCAAGGAUGUGGCGUGGAUGAACGAUAAUUGUUACCGUUUUGUUAAAUUGCAAUUUGUUGCAGCUUAACUGCACACCAUUUCUCAGAAAACCAAUCGAUCCUUCGUCGAUCAUUCUUCGCAAAGGGUGCUUGGAUGAAAAAAAACCCCUGCCGUAGUGUAACGGAAAGGAAAUCACAUCUCCAGUCUUUCCCACAUCGAAGUAACCAGAAAGUGGAACACAACGCACUACCGAAACGAAGAACCAAAACAGCUCGCCGCUCUGCACACGGUGGAGAAGGUUCGCGCAUACAGCGCACGCCAGUCACCACCAAUCGUAGUUUAGGAAACUUUACGCUACGCACUAGAAGAAGGGAGGAGGGUUGGAAGACACACAAAACAACAACACACUGUGAGUAAGUGCAUGUUGCACCGUACCACUACCGUAUCAACUCCUCCCAACGGGCUACUUCGAUGUGCAGAAAAAUCAGUCCAAAGUAAAUAAAAUCGAAAGUCAGCGAACUUCUCCGGCAGUGGAUCGUGCACGGGUUGAUUAGCCGUUUGUUGUGCCGUGACAUUGCUCAGUGAGAAGGUGGAACUGGGUCCUGGGAUUGCUUGCAUCAUUGCUUUUUGGACGCUUACGAUAACGGUAGCCGGGCCGAGAAACCAUGGAGGAUUACAAAUUUCUGUUCAAAGUCGUCCUAGUGGGCAAUGCGGGCGUCGGUAAGACGUGUCUGGUGCGAAGAUUCACGCAGGGUCUCUUUCCACCCGGCCAGGGUGCAACGAUCGGGGUGGACUUCAUGAUCAAAACGGUCGAGGUGGACAAUCAGAAGAUAAAGCUACAAAUAUGGGACACCGCCGGCCAGGAGCGGUUUCGAUCGAUCACGCAAAGCUACUAUCGUUCCGCAUCCGCUCUUAUACUAGUGUACGACAUCAGUUGCCAGCCCACGUUCGAUUGCUUGCCGGACUGGUUGCGAGAAAUCCAGGAGCACGCUAACUCCAAAGUACUGAAAAUCCUCGUCGGCAACAAGACGGACCGAGAUGAUCGUGAAAUUCCGCAAGAAGUAGGUGCCGAAUUUGCGAAACAGCAUGGCAUGUACUUCCUCGAAACUUCCGCCAAACAGGCGGAUAACGUGGAACGUUUAUUCUACGACAUUGCGGCCGUACUGAUUGAGCAAGCCCGCACGAAAGAAUUUACCCUGCGCAGUGAGACAAGCGUCCUGACGAAUCUCUCCCAAAAGACGAUCUAUCAUCCGAGCUGCUGUAGCAUCGGUGAUCGGAAUCAUGCCCGUAGCAGUAGCACCAGCGAUGCACACUACUCGGACAGUUCCGGUCCGACUAGCAUCAGUAGUAAUAGUGGUAAUUUUAUCACCCAACAGUAGGUUCUGCACUGGUGCAGGAAAAUUAAUCGGAACCAAACGAUUAUGAAACGUUAACCAGGACAAAGAAAACAUCCGCAUGCAAUAUAGAACACCGUCAGGCGUUUUUCUUUGCGGCAAUGUAUUUGUUUUUUAAAAACAAUUACCACGAGUGAUGUUCGUUCCGAGCACAACGCGGCGUCCGAUGCACACAAAAGACAUGAGAUUUUGCGGUACCAAAUAACAGAAACGGAAAAUUAAAGGAACCCAUUAGGUGUGCGGAAUAAGGGGAAGGUAUGCUGUAGGGAAUCGAAAUCGUUGAUGUAAGAUUUAAGGUUUUAGACUAUGUUCCUGUGUUAAUUUUAGCGAUAAAUAAAUGAAUUUACAGAAAAAAAAGAAA